UGGGGAACAAUUAUACAAUUACAGUUUAAUCCAUGAAAACAGAAGCUGGUUUGAGGCUCAGAUGUAUUGUAGAAAGAAUCACACUGAUCUAGUCACUAUCAGAGAUGAAGAGGAAAAUGAUCGAGUGAAGGAAGCAAGGAAUGGGAAUGACUCUUUCUGGAUCGGCCUCCAGUACAAUAACAGCCUUGAUUGGUUUGAUGGUGGAUAUUCAGAAUACAAACAGAAUAGUUCAUCUCAAGGAUGCUUUACAUUUCUCUCAAGCAAGAACAAUGAACACGGAGGAUAUUGGUUCAAAAUUAACAUUGGUAUUUAUUCUGCUCUGUGCUACAAAAGCUUCAUUCAUGUCAGUGAGAAGAAUAUGUCCUGGGAGGACGCUCGGCAUUACUGCGACUGCAACUUCUCUGGACUCCUGCGCAUCGAGUCUGAGAACGAUCAGAUAGAAACGGAGCGAGAGCUAAAAAGAAGGAAUAUCACCGAGCCAGUUUGGGUGGGACUCAAAGAGAUUCGCCUCUGGUUGUUGACCAGUGGACUUCAAGUGGUAAACUGGAGAAACUGGAAGGAAGGAAGUCAAGCAGAAAAUGAGCACUGCGGUGCCAUAGAGAAGGUGGACGGUCGAUACAAAUGGAGUGAUACAAACUGUACAAUGAAAUAUAGAGUUUUAUGUGAGAUGAAGUAAUAUAGGCCCUUUCAGUUUAUCAUGCAGUUUUUGAUUCUCUGCCUCCUAAACAAGAGGAAAAAUGCGGAUGUGUUCAACAAUAAACUGCUCUAUCUUUAUGUCUUGUAUAACAAAGCUCUCUAAACUAACCACAAGUUGCUACUUAAUGUUAUCCAGCUUAGCCUUAAUGGUUUUCAUGUUUAUCUCAUUUAUUUUACCUUUGUAAACCUUUAUGUCUCAAAUGAAAAUUAAAAGUUGUUCAUGAAUGCAUAUUA